CGAGCUGAGUCCUGAAUCCCAGAGCCGAUGCUGGGCAACCCUGACGGUUGCAACCUCCGCACGAGUCUCGAACUCGCAGCCUGCUAGGGAGAAGAGUUGGAAGACGGAGGAGUACGGUUGAUGAUGGGCACGACGGAGUCCGGUCGGGUGACAGGAAAGUAUAGCCCCUUCUGCCUCAGCGUGAAAGGCCAUGUGAAGUUGCUGCGGCUGGGAGUAACUGUGACAUCCAUGGCCUGCUUUAUCAUUGCACAGGCCCCUGAACCAUACAUCGUGGUCACUGGAUUUGAAGUCACUAUUGUUUCCUUUUUCAUAAUUUUAUACAUAUUCAGACUUGAUCAGUUGAUGAAUUGGUUAUUGUGGCCUUUGCUUGAUAUUAUCAAUGCAUUGGUAACAGCUUUGUUCAUGGCCAUCAUAUCUGUGUUGGCUCUGAUGCCAGAAACCACAACCCUCACCAUUCUUGGAGGGGUGUUUGGUCUCCUGGCGGUAGUGUGCUGUCUGGCGGACAGUGCCCUCAUUUACCGGAAACUUCUAUUUAAUCCAGGUGGUCCUUAUCAGACAAAGACAUGAACACUGGACCAAAACAACUUUUUUUUGUGAUUUUUUAUACUCCUUUUUAAUUGAUGCUAAGGAUUAAACAUAAUUUCUUUAUUCUUCCGGACAUGUUCUGCCGUUCUCAUUU